AUGUUCCGUAGUCUGCCGGAUAGGGUGGCUGGGCUCUACUAUGCCCAUGGCCUGUUUUGCUCGUCUCAUCCUAUUGCUGUUAUCUCUUUAGCAAUCUCGGUUAUGUUAUUAUGCUGCUAUCCUCUGGUCAAUUUACCUAUGCCCGGCAAUGCGCCGAGGACUAUAAUCAAUCAUACUGUUGUACCUGAAAACAAUACAGAGAACUUGUUUUAUGUGCAACAAGUGGUAUUGAGGGUUGGGGUUAUUCCAUGGGCAGAAGAGUUAACAUUGAUGGAUGCGUUUCGUGGUCCGCUUUAUGAAGUUUUCAAUCUUUUAGAGAUUAUACAAAAUUAUCAGCAUCCAGAAACAUUAAAAACACUUGGUCAAGUAUGCUUGCACAUUGAAGCUGUUAAGAAAAGAAAUGGUAAAAAACCAGAAGUUUUACCAGAGUAUAAUUGUCUUGUUCUUUCACCGGCAAAUUUGUGGCAACGAAGCAUUGAAUUGUACUCACAAGAUACAAAUCUCAUAAAUACAAUAUAUUCAUAUCAGAAUCUACAAAAGGGUAAAAUUAGUUUAGCUGAAAUAAUGUUUGGGAUGAAUCUUAAAGAAACUGGAAUAAAAAGAUAUCCAAUUCGUCUCAGACAAAGAAUACUGCAAUAUGCAGUAACUAUUUACUUCAAGGAUUAUGAUCUUGAAUUUAUUAAAGGAUUACAUCAUAGAUUGAAGAGUUAUUAUCACCUUCAUCAAACAGAAGGUGAUAAUGCUACUAGUAUACCCACGGAUGAAAUAUUACAUAUCUUUUAUCCUGGGGAAUUUAAUUACAGUGAUAUAUUCCCAUUAAUGAUGACCUUCAAUGCUCUUUUCUUCUAUGUUUAUUUCUCCGUACGGAAAAUAGAACUAGUAAAGUCAAAGAUUGGCAUAGCGUUUAGUGCAACUGUUACAGUGAUUGGUUCACUAUCUAUGACUAUGGGUGUAUGCUUUUUUUUCGGUUUAACAUUAAGUCUAAGUGGAAAAGAAGUGUUUCCAUAUUUGGUGAUUAUUGUGGGACUGGAAAAUGUUUUGGUAUUAACCAAAAGUGUAGUGAGCACUCCAGCACAGUUGGAUGUAAAAAUACGAGUUGCCCAGGCUUUGUCCAAAGAGGGUUGGUCAAUUACUAAAAACUUACUUACAGAAGUGACAAUCCUGACAAUUGGAUUGUUCACCUUUGUACCAGCCAUUCAAGAGUUUUGUAUAUUUGCAAUUGUUGGGUUGGUUAAUGACUUCUUUCUACAAAUGGUCUUUUUCUCGACAAUUCUUGCUAUUGACAUUAAACGGACAGAGCUCUCCAGUGAAACAUCCAAAUUCCAUAUGUCAAAUAUACCUGCCAUGCGUAAACAACAAUUCACAACAACUAUAACGAACAGAAAGCCAAACAUUUUUCGAUCAAAGUCACAUCCAAGAUUAAAUGGCUUGUCGAACGGUCCGACAAACGUGAUAGCGCCGAACACGCAAAACACUCAUACAUUGGGCAAAAUUCCAAAACGUUUACGUAUAGUGCACUUUUGGGCAAGGACAAGAAUAUUUCAACGUGCCUUUAUGGUAUGGAUGAUUGUUUGGAUCAGUAUGAUCAUUUACAAUUCUGGCAUUGUUGAACAUGUUAUACAUUUAAGUGAAACAUUGAAAACAGAAUCUGAAAUUGAUGGAUAUACUCUAGAUAGACCUCAAUCCUUAAAUAAUUAUGUUGAAUUAAAUACAAUGAAACCAUUGUCAAUGCCUUCUGCUACCAUUGCUCCAGAUCAUUUAAAUAGACAGGAUGAUUUAACGAAUAACGUUACUGAGGAAUUAAAUAAAUUAAAGCCAGUGGAUUUUCCACCUUGGAAUCGUCUAUCGCUUUAUCAUUGGUCCUCGGUCCUUUCUAUGUACAAUAUAUCUGCAGCUGGAGGGCGUAUAACUAUAUUGCCAACGAUCAAACUAUCCCAUUCUGUAAGUCCACAAUUGGUGAAACAGAUUAGCAAUCCGAACGAUGUGCAACAUUUCCAAUGGCACAGUCUUGCUACUGCUGCCCUUGAUCCCCUAGACUUCUCAGAUAUAGAAUUACCAAGCAGGUCUGAAGGUCGAGGUUUUAAUGCGGAUGCGCCCUUUAUUCCCUCGAGUCCAAUGGAAAUAUUUUUGGCUGCAGUACUUUGCCUUAUUAGCAUAAUUGUUGUCGCAUAUACGAUGGUGGUACUUUAUCGAUGUAUUUGUUCGAGGAACUACGCUGAAUGGAGAGCUAGCUGGCAUCAGCCGGAAAAAGCUCAUGAUUCAGCAACACAAUUAGUUCUGGAGGCAUUGCCGUUAGUCCUCGAGGGGCACUCGCAAGAAGUAGAGUGUAUUGCUACGGAUAGCAACACCAUUGCUAGUACAUGUUUAGCUGGCCACAUCAGGGUCUGGGAUACAACAACCGGUGAACAAUUGGCUCACAUAGAUAGAAAACAAUUUUUCAGUAGUCCCAAAAGAAAUUCGAGUCAAGUGACGACAGACAUGGAUGAAUUAAUGUCCGAUUAUGAAAGUGGUUCACCCCCUUCAAGAGGAGAAAUAGAAGGCACUAACUCAUUUGGCCUAUACUCGGCAGUGAAUUAUAGGAAAUCGUCCCCAGGAUUGUGUAACAUGCAAAAAGGUCAGGGUGGUAAUGUUAAUAAGAGGCACUCGAUGGGAAACACGUUAGACUUUGAGUAUCAGGUGAACGAAUUCAGUGUAGAAAAAAGAACACAUUUACGGAGAAGUUUAGACAAUGCUUAUGAUAUUCCUGACUUGAAGUCAGCAAUCAAUAUCAAAUUUUCAUCCAUGAAACAUACCCCAACGCAACAGAAUUAUGAGCAAGGCUACGAUUUUGGAGAUCAGUACAAACAUAUUUUGGAAGAGCACAAUAAAUCCAUAGAUGAGUUGCAAACGUCAGAAAGUACGGAGCAAUUAUGUAUCCCUAGUGGAAGACUAACUACAUCUGGCUUAGUGGAUAACAUGUCCUCGUUAAGCACAGAUAAAACCAUACAAUAUUCACAAAUAUCUCCUAUCUGGUGCAUGGAUUACCAAGAGAACCUAAUAGUAGUAGGAUGUGCAAAUGGAAGUUUAGAAUUUUGGGAAGGUACCACGGGUAGAUUUAAAUGUUUAUUCGACGAUGGGUCGGGGCUGGGGAUAUCCGCAGUUAAAUUCGUCGGUAGCCGAGUGAUAGCGGCUAAGUUAAAUGGUUCUGUUGACUUCUUGCAACUAGAGAGCUACAGCGAAGGACAACAAAUUGAUUGGGGUUUCACUUCGUAUAGAAGAACUCACGUUAGAACAGGAAGUGCUGGCUCACCUAUGGAUAUAAAUAAUAUCAUGCAAUCAGAAGAAGAUCUUCGUUGUAUGAAAAUUAGUUCUCAUAGGGUACACCAACAAGCAAUAACUGUGCUUGACAGCGAGGGUGGUCGUGUUUUAACUGGUAGUCAGGAUCACACCCUUAAAGUAUAUAGGUUAGAGGAUCAGUUGCCAUUGUAUACCCUUCAUGGACACUGUGGGCCCAUUUCGUGUCUCUUCAUUGACAGAAUGUGUCCAAUGACUUCCGGUAGUGGAUCUCAAGAUGGACUGUUAUGUGUUUGGGAUCUCCUAACUGGAACAUGCAUGUACAGUAUACAGGCCCACGAUGGUGCUGUGGCAGCUAUUACAUGUUCUAGAUCGGCGUACAGUUUACAGUUAGUCAUGUUAACGCAUCAUCUACUCAUCACCAGUAAUCAGGGGUCACUAAUAGUUUGGGACGUAAGGACGGGAGAGCCUGUACGGGAAGUGAGGCUGGGUCACAAGGAUAGUUGUAUUUUCGUAAAGCAAAUGUUAGCAUUAAGGGAUAGCGUAGUAUGCGACUUCGGGCGACAGUUACGGAUAAUCAGGUUCCCAUUGGUCUCCGACAAGUUAGACUAAGAUCUGUAUAUGCAAGUUGUACAUAGCUGUUUUUUUUUCCAUUUUCCUUAUUUAAUUAAUAAUACUCGAGGCGACGUGUCCCGUGACUCGCCUGGAGAUACAGAUUUUUACACGACAUACAGUUUUAUAUUUUAAGCGAUUGUACACAAUUUUAAUACGAAUGUUUUACAUAAACGACUCUACGUCAACGGUCGCGCCUUAAUAUUUAUACUCCGUUGAAACGGUAGGGUAGGAAAACACAGUUGUCAUUUGUCAAUGAAGAACGCACGAAACAUGUUUUGUGCAAUCGAUUCCCGCGGGACAGAUUUGUUUACGUGUAAUCGGAUACACGAGGGUCAGGAACGCACUGUGAAAAUGGAGAAUACAAAGCUGUGGAUAAUGACACACGAGAUACGGGGCGGGGGUAUUAAUGUAUAUAUGUAUUAUAUAUAUUUUAGACAAUUCGACUCGGUUAAUCGAGUAGCUC